AUGCCAUCUCAACAUCUACCGAAGCUUAUCAAGGACAAGUAUUCCCAUCUUGCACUAGCUGACCCUCACUUUGACCGGUCCGCACCUAUUGAUAUGCUACUGGGAGCAGACGUGUUUGCUCGAAUCAUGGAUGGAAAACGGGUGUCAAUCGAUGAUUCUCUACCUGUCGCAUACGGAUCAGUCUUUUGUUGGGUCUUGAUAGGCGAACUCCCUGUUCAACAGUACCAUUGUAACACCGCUGUAUCCCUGUCGGUAUCACUGGAAGGGCUGGUCCAACGUUUUUGGCAACUCGAAGAACCGGAUGAAGCUCCUACUACGUUUACUAGUGAUGGACAAUGUGAGUCCAUUUAUGCUUCUGAAAGCCGUCGAGACAACUCUGGUCGAUUCCUAGUUCCUUUGCCAUUCAUACCGAAACACCGCGAUGAAACAUUUCCUGGUUCUCGCAAUAUUACCGAACGUCGUUUUCAAAACCUGGAGCGGAAACUUCAAAACGACGAUGUGCUAUAUACCGCAUACAAACAUUUUAUGAGCGAAUAUGAAACCUUAGGUCAUAUGUCAGUUGCUACUGAACCUGGCGCCUACUUCAUUCCGCAUCACCCUGUUUUCAAGUCCAACUGUCCAUCGAGCAAAAUCCGAGUGGUAUUCGAUGGAUCGGCGAAGGCUGCCUCUCUGUUGUCAUUAAAUCAAUGUCUAUACGCCGGUCCGAAGUUACAGCUGGAUAUCGUGGACAUUCUAUUUCGAUUCCGACUUCACCAGUUCGUCUUUACUGCAGAUGUUUGCAAGAUGUACACGCAAAUUCUCGUUCUGCCAGAAUACCGUCGCUUUCAGCACAUCCUAUGGAGGCCUUCUCCACUAGACGAGUUGAAAGAGUAUCAGCUCAAUACCGUGACAUACGGCAUCAAUAGUGCCCCUUUUUUGGCGUUGAGAGUCUUAAGGGAUAUUGCUGACAAUGAUUGUACAGGAUUUCUUGAAGUACAAUUGGGGCUGAGGGAACAAACCUAUGUGGAUGACAUUUGUCUUGGUGCCGACACCGAGGAUGAAUUGUUGACUUUACAGUCAAAUCUGUGUUCCGUCCUGAAACGUGCUGGUCUUGAGUUGAAGAAGUGGUCGAGUAACACCGUAUCUGUGUUAGAAGCUGUAUCGCCAGAGGAUCGUGUCAUGGAAAGUCUAAGCUUCGAUGAAGACGUCUGUGAAACCACCAAGGUCCUGGGGCUGCAGUGGGAUCCGGCCAAAGACAUUUUUAAAUUCAACGGCCAUUCAACCACCACCGUCGUCACAAAGUGGGCAAUUCUAUCGACUAUAGCGCGCAUUUUUGACCCUAUUGGAUUUUUAGCGCCGGUGACCUUCUAUGCUAAACAUAUCCUACAUGAAAUCUGGGAAGAGGAAUUGGCAUGGGACGACCCUUUACCUCCGAGAUUAUGUCAAAAUUGGAAAACAUUUACGGAUGAGCUACCGGUUCUAUCUGCGAUUAAGAUUCCACGCUAUGUCGCUACUCAACGUCAAUCUUACGUCGAAUUGUGUGGAUUCUGUGACGCCUCCGAACGCGGAUUCGCUGCAGUGGUAUACCUUCGGGUAACAGUUUCAGACGACGACGUGUCUGUGUUCCUGCUUGGAUCCAAAACAAAGAUGGCACCGAUGAAAACCGUAUCCAUCCCGAGACUUGAAUUAUGUGCUUCAGUUUUGCUCGCUCGAUGGAUGGCGCGCAUAUUAAAAAUGUUCGAUGGGAAACUCACGAUUAACGGGCUUUACGCCUGGUCCGAUUCCCAAGUCGCUUUGGCCUGGUUAAUGAACUCGCAUGUUUCCUUUAAGGUGUUUAUUUCAAACCGUGUACAUCAGGUGCGUCAACUUAUUCCAUCAUGCCGCUGGCUCUAUGUACGCUCAUCUGAAAAUCCUGCGGACUGUGCUUCAAGAGGAAUACUGCCUUCGGAGCUAUCCGUACAUGCAUUGUAUUGGUCCGGCCCUACGUUCCUAAAAAACCCAAGUGAAACUUGGAGCAUGCUGGUCCCUUCGGUUCCUGUUGAACAACUACCAGAGUUCAAACCCGUGUCGCUGGCCGUUCAAGUUACCUCAAAUAAAGAAUGGUUCUGUCGCUUCUCGUCUUUCCUCAAUAUGAUCAAGGUCGUCGCUUGGAUGCGCAGGUUUAUCGGCUUAUGUAAGAAACGAACGUAUUCCAACAAUUUCUUGUCACGUGAAGAGAUAAAUCAAUCGUUAAUGGUAAUUGUACAAUCUUCUCAACAACGUUGGUUUCCUGAGCUGAUUUUGGAUCUGUCACGUGGCCGUGGUGCAGCUCGCCCAUUAUCUAGUCUACGGCCAUUUUUGAAUUCGUAA